CAUGUGCCACCAUGAGGAAACGACAGCAGUGAGUCAGGAGGGGAUUUGUAAUAUGUCCGCAUUCAAGAGUGUACAGUGACAAUGUCCGACUGCCCACCUGUCGAGGGUCAAACUGAAAAUGGUCAACCUGACCAGCGCGCAGCCGGCCAAUAGUGUUAUGUCAACCUUCACGCAGUCUUGGUAUCGAAACCUCUGCGGACUACUUCCUGUCACCCGACCUCCAAAUGGCGCCAGGACAGGACUAGACGCAGUGCGGGAAGAUAGCAGAGUUAUUACGGACUAUAUUAUAUCGGAAUUUGUGAAAUCAGCCGACAUAAGCGUUCACUCUUCCCUAGAGAAGAUCUGUCUGACCAUGAAGACUUUGGUGAAACAAGUGAUGGAAACGGAAGGCAAGAGAUUCACGGACUUGACGGGGGAUAUGGAUAUGGCUACCUUGAGGAAUGACCCUCGGCAGGUGGUCAACGCAGUGCUGGACAGCAUGUUUGAGGAUGGUCGAAUCCACUGGCUAAGGAUCGUAGCCGCCUAUGUAUUCGCCAUUAACCUGGCCAGGAGAUGUACCUCAGAGCAAGACGAGACACUAGGAGUGAAAGUGGUCAGGUCAGUUGGAGAAUACCUCUGCAACGAGAGCAUGGCCCGCUGGAUAUUGUCAGAGGGGGGAUGGCAAAAUAUUACGACAGUAUUUGUGGAUGCCAACGAUUUGGAGCAGAAGUUGAAGUCUGUUGGUUAUCUGGCGUUGGCAGUGGGAUUUGGUGCCUUGCUAUCUGUCGUGUCUUCCCGUUAACAGGUGGAGAUUGUGGAUCAGACAGUCGCAUUGAUAACAGUCAACGAAAUCCGAACAAGAGAAAGACGUGUUCCACAUUUUGGAAUCCUGUUCGUUAUAUUACCAAAUUUAGUUUGCUCUCGAUGUAGUUUGUGCAGCAGGCAUAACGUCACAGACCCCCAUUAAUUUUCCAGCCCCUAACAUUUCGUGGCCCAGCCUGUGAGAAAGAAACCAAUAAAAUCUUGACAUAGAUUGACCGUCAAAAUCUGGCCCUUUCUAUGCCGGCAGCUGGGAGGGGUGCCUAGCAACAAAAAAGGGACGUCAGUCGCAGCCUUAUCACCGCCUAUCUCCUUGUGUCCUGUCGCCCAGAAUUUCAAGCAAAAAAAGGCUUUACACCCUAAAAUACACAGAAUUACAUUCGUAAUUCAUGCUCCCGAAAAACGGAAGUUGUAAUGGGGGUCUGUGUCCAUAAUGUGAAAUAAAACACGGUAGAGCGCAUGAAUGGUACCGCACCGCGGACAACAACAAAACGGCGGUGCAUUCUACUCGCCAUUGGCAUUUUUUGUACUAUUUAUUAUCAGUGUAAAGAUAUGGAACAGAUCACAAAUGGCAGCAUGAAGGUAUCGUAUAUUUUUGUUGAUAUGAUAAGCAUUAUAGUUUUGUUAGCAUAUCACGUUUUUAUUCUUGUGUACGUUUAUGCACACGGUUUAAAGUUGACUCGGUUAAACUGAUCAUGUCGGUAACAAAAAAACAACUGUCCCAGUCAACCUCACGUGGGUGGCCUUCGGCUAUUAAUUAUCCUUUAGCUGCAUACAAAUGUACGUUUUAAAGGUCUUUCUCUUAAAACGUUAUAUCCGAAAAUCAGCACCACUCAUUUCAAAUUAGGCCACAGAUGCGUUGGAUUAUUUAGAGAGGUGUGUAUACACAUAUAUAAGUUUUGGAGACAUCGAAGAAUCGCAGGGUAAAAGCAGACAAUUGUAAUAUGAAUAUGGAAGACGAAAACACUGUCAUAAACAUGUAUGAUUAGUCGGAUAUAACAUACUAGAUGUAUGACUGUUACAGUGCCAUAAGCAGUCUUGUUUUCCUAUUGACAUAAUGUAAACAUACAUCCUUUCCAGAGCUACCUGUACAUUUGCCAUUGUUGUUUAUAUUGCUACGUCUGUGAUAUUUGUAAAAUGUUUCGAUUGGCAUUCUACACAUGUAUCAAUCCUAAUGCUGUGAAGCAUUUUAUCUCCUUUUAGUCUUGUUGAUUCCACGGACAGUAUAUUUUAUAUAUUGUUAGGUACUGUACAACAAGCGUUAUCUAUCAUUGUUUACAACUUCCAAAUUUAUGUAGACAUUUUUCUACAUAACGAUAUUUAUUCAAAUUUGUGGGACCAUUUUAAUUGUUGUCGUUAAUCUUUGUUAUAUUUUAAGCCUUAAUCAAUGUAGAAGACCCCCCCCCCCCCCACUUCCCCAGGGAAUUCAUAUCAUUCGGUAAUAUACAUCAUAUUUAUUUAAAGGGAAGGGUUAUUUUCGUAAAUAGCUAUGAAAGAUAUAUUUGACAUGAAUUUAAUUUUAUUGGGUAUGUAUUACAGUUUUAAAUAUCUCCGCUAAAGAAUAAUUGUAACAUCUGUUUAACAGAAGAGUUUCUGAAUCAAAUAAUAAAUGGUAUACUGUGGAUGGCUUCUGGGUACAUAGGUUCUUCUAAAGCCUUUGCUGUUUUGACAACACACUUCGGAACUUUCGCACUGGGUGUUGGUAUAUAUUAUAGAGAUGAUUUUAUGUGUGCAAAGUUAGAGGGGGUAAAAGAUUGAUAGUCACAUUUUUGCUGCUUUAAAUGUAUUUAUACACAUUCUUCCUUCUUUACUGGUUCGAGUUUUACAUAAUAAGAUUGUAGUUCACGCUCGUGCUAUUGAAAGCAUAAUGAUCGAUGGGCAUAUUGUGACUGACUAAGAUAAAAGUUAAAUACAAACACAUCAAAACAACUGUUUUAGUGUACUCUUUGUAUGUGCAUGAUACGCUCACACGUUGAGCUAUAUCGAUAUCUUUAGAUGACAAUACGUUUACGAAAAUAUAAAGUGUCUGUAUGUACCAGUUCACCUAAACAGAAUUAUAUCCAGCUUGUAAAUAAAGUUUCAUUCCGAAGUGCCUUUGAAGGCAACAUGUGACAGCUUUUUACUCUGACCAAAAACUUACAGAUACAAAAAGAAAUAGAGUGCACGAUAUUUUCAGCAUAUUUCAGUUUUGUUUUUCAUUUUUAGUUGAAUCUCAGCAGAGCAAUAAACAUAGUUUAACGUUUACUGUGUC